AUGGAAAGACUGAGAGCCCAAGAAGAUAUCAAGAAAGGGCCAUGGUCUGCUGAGGAAGAUGAGAUACUGAUGAACUUUGUAAAGGAAAAUGGCCCCAGAGACUGGAGCUCCAUUCGAUCCAAAGGGCUCUUACCAAGAACUGGAAAAUCUUGUCGUCUCAGAUGGGUCAAUAAACUUCAACCCAACUUAAAAAAAGGAUGCAAAUUUUCAGCAGAGGAAGAGAGAGUGGUCUUGGAGUUGCAGGCUACACUUGGAAACAAAUGGGCAGCAAUAGCUACAUAUUUGCCCGGAAGAACUGAUAAUGAUGUGAAGAAUUUUUGGAGCACGAGGCAAAAGAGGCUGGCCAGGAUACUGCGAGCAUCAUCACAACCAAACAGGGCGCACAAGCAUACAGCUAAAGCACCGGUUGUAAAUGAAGCUUCUACUUUGCAAGCACAAGAUUCGAACCUUGAACAUGACAGCGAGAAAAAUUCUAAGAGCCCUUCUCUGUCAACUAGAUCGACACUAGUGGCCUCUGUUUCCAGCUUCAAUCAGGUUAAAGAGACUUCAUUACAAUGUCAUAUCUGCUCCUGUUUUUGGUCUGAAAAUGCCAAUGCUAUCAAUAUUUUGCCACCACCAGAUUGCCUAAACAUGGGUACAGCUGGUGUGAUCUCGGGUGUUCCUCCAGCAGUUGAUGAGCAUACAAGUCCUCCCCAACUCUGCAUCCAGAGCAACAAUCAUCAACCAUCUGUUUCACCUCCUUUUGGAAUCUCUUUCAGCACUGAGCAGCCUAAACCAGCACUGAAUAACCUUCCCCUUUGGCAAGAAAAUCAGGAUUUUGGGGCGGAACUUGGUGAGCCAAAUUUUAUGGGUGCGUUGACGCAACAAGAAUCUCUGGAAGUUGGAAAUAUGGCACAGCAUAACCUGGGAUUGUCACUGGAUGAAUUGGAGGCCACUGGCCAGAAUUUUAGUGAGAUUAAUGACUAUAAGGAUAAGAUGUUGACGAUACCUGAUACUCUAUUUGGUGAUCUCUCGGAUGACAUGCUUGAUAAUCUAGAUGCAGUUCCAAGAUCAUCUUCUUAA